AUGACCGAUCAACAGGUAAUAUUCAUGAACCCUCAGACAGAAAACCUGGAGUACUUAUAUAGCCUGGUCCGAAAGAUAGCGCAACAAAUGAAAGAGAAUAAGCUGAAACGAAAUGACUUAUUAAAAGAAAUCGACGUGCUGGUGAAGGAGGUGAACUCCUCACAGCCCAAGAGCGGUAUGCGCGAUCCUAAUUUGUCCGUAAUCUCUAACUUUUUGAAACAAAGAGAUAUUGACGUCGAGGACAGAAGACAGCGCAGCGAUACAACAAGCGAUCCAGAGCUCGCUUGCCUCCAGGAACAGAAUGCCAUUUUGAGAAAAAUGUUUCAAGAAAAAUGCUGUUAUAACAAUGAGACAUUGGCGCUACUCAAAGUCCACGAAGAGUAUCUUGCAGAGGUUGUAAGUUUACUUAGGGGCGAUGUUUUGUCGUAUCAUCAAUCGCUUGUGGAGAAGUGCCGCGAAAUUUACGACGGGAGGUUAUGUUUACUGGAGGAUGAAGAGUUCGGUCACUACAUUGGUGGGAUUGAUAAUCUACAAGAAUUACUAGAGAUCUCAGAAAUAUUUCGUGGUCUUCUGCGUUUGACUUGA